UGCAGUGCGCAUGUCUUUGUCCAGGACAAUCUGUGUUCAGUGAGACCAGGGAGCUGCAGAGGCUAGGAGCAGGUUGGAAGCCUUAAUGCAUGUUUCUUUGCUAAGAAAGGAUUCCAAGUGGAGCUCUAUGAAGCAAGGGAAGAAAAGAAGAUUGGGAACUACUGGGGGCAUUAAUGGAGGCACAAAUCUUCAAUGCAAAAGGGCUGUGUUUGCCUUGGUAAGACUGAUAUUCGCUAUGCCAGAAUGGUUAGUGGAAGAAGCAUCAACUUGGCACUUUCACACAGAGGACUUCAAGCUCUCAAGGCUGUUGGUUUGGACGAAAAGAUUGCAGCAAUGGGCAUCCCAAUGCGUGCAAGAAUGAUUCAUUCUGUAAAAGGAAGAAAAUCUAGCAUCCCCUAUGGAAAGCAACACCAGUAUAUCCUAUCUGUUGACAGAGCUAAUUUAAAUAAAGAACUGUUAAGUGCUGCAGAAAAGUACUCUAAUGUCACAAUGCACUUUGAACACAAGUUACGCGACUGCAAUGUUGACUCUGGCACAAUGACAUUUCUUAACAACAUGGAAAAUAUCAUUGAAAAAAAAGCUGAUUUAAUUGUAGGAUGUGAUGGAGCCUUCUCUGUUGUACGCAAACAAUUUAUGAGGAAGUCACGUUUCAAUUACAGUCAUGUAUACAUACCUCAUGGUUAUAAAGAACUAACUAUUCCGCCAAGAAAAGGAGAGUUUGCCAUGGAGCCAAACUACCUCCAUAUUUGGCCAAGAAACACAUUUAUGAUGAUUGCACUUCCUAAUCUGGACAAAUCUUUUACAUGCACACUUUUCAUGCCAUUUGAAGAUUUUGAAAAACUCACUACAGGUGACCAAGUUCUGGAUUUCUUCAAGACAUACUUUCCAGACUCCAUUGAACUAAUUGGAGAAAAGAAAUUAACAGAAGACUUCUUUCUGCUGCCACCACAAGCAAUGAUUUCUGUAAAGUGUUCUUCAUUUUGUAUUGACCAUAAAUGUGUUAUCAUGGGAGAUGCAGCACAUGCAGUUGUACCCUUCUAUGGGCAAGGAAUGAAUGCAGGCUUUGAAGACUGCCUUGUUUUUUCAGAACUAAUGGAGCAAUACCAAAACAAUUUAAGAAUCUGCCUGCAUGAGUUCUCCAGGCUACGAGUACCAGAUGCGCACGCAAUAUCGGACUUGGCUAUGUAUAACUACAAAGAAAUGCGCGCUCAUGUCAAUUCUAAGUGGUUCAUCUUUCGGAAACAGGUUGACAACAUUCUGAAUGCCAUCAUGCCUACAACAUUUAUUCCACUGUAUACAAUGGUAACAUUCAGCAGAAUAAGAUACCAUGAAGUUAUACUGCGCUGGAAGUGGCAAAAAAAGAUCAUAAAUGUGGGACUUUUUACUGUUGGUACAACUGGAUCUGUUGGUGCUGCGUAUUUGGUUAUAAAAUACUUGCCUUUUAAUAAAUACAUUGAACAUGUAGGUAAUUGUUUAACGCAUCUGAAAGGGAAUGCAUACCUAUCAAGACUGUGGGCAAAAUGAAGAAAAAAGGCAAAGAAUUGUGAACUGUUACAAGCUGUGGCCAUAUUUGUUUGUAAUAUAAACUAUAUUGAAUACAUUUAAGUACUUAACUUUUACACUUACACUUUCCUUUUCUUCUGGCCAUAAUAAACAUUUAAUUAAAAUGUUCUUCUUAAUUUAA